AUGUCUAUGCAAUCUUCGCAGUAUUAUGGUCCUAUCAGUUUGAAGGGGGAGAGAGCCCUCAUCACUGGAGCUACAGCUGGCAUUGGCCAAGCUACAGCUAGACGCCUUGCAGAACUCGGUUGCGAGCUCUAUCUGUUGGGGCGUAGAACUGAUAGAUUGGAUGCCUUGAAGGAGGAGUUGGAGGGGCGAUUCCCAAGUGUGAAGGUACAUUCUAUACCUUUCGAUGUGAAGAACAGCAAGGCUAUUGAGGAACUACCUCAAAAGAUCGGGCAACCUAUUGACAUUUUAGUCAACAACGCUGGAUAUGCAGCUGGAGUUCCUAAGGCCUGGGAGGCUGAUGUUGAUGACAUGCGAAGCAUGUUUGAAGUUAACGUCAUUGGUUAUAUGGCCAUGAUUAAGGCAUUCGUACCAGGGAUGUUGAAGGCUGGUAAGGGCCACAUCUUAAAUGUCAGCUCAGUGGCUGGCCGCGAGCCAUACACUGGUGGAUCAAUCUACAACGGGACCAAGUUCGCAGUUACUGGUCGUCAAAUGUUAGCAGAUGCCAUACCGGUGACAGAGGUUCUGGACGUCACAUCCACAAUCGAGUCAUGA